AUGGAUACCAGGAGCUUCGAGGGCCCCAUGGACUGGGAAUACCAGGAUCGCGGCCCUUUCGACCCAACCAGUCCCUUUGCACAGGCGGCCAGCAAGGCUCCGCGGAACAUUUUUGCCUCUCCCGUCAAGUCUCCGCCCCGUCGCGACAACCCGUUUGCCAGCCUCUCCACGCCGUCGAAACCGCAGCCGUUGCCACCCCAGACCUCUCGCUUUACCCCUCAGCUACCGCCGAGAAACAUUGCGCCGCCUUUCCGAAACCCUGCUUUUACCACGCCGAGGAGACCUCUCGAUGAGGUGGUGCUUUCAGAGGCAUCGGGUGCCGAAGAGAGCCCCGCGCCGACGGAAAUGUUCGACUAUCCCAACGACACCCCAGAGGCGGACCACAGGAUGGAUGCGACGAUGGGAGGCACCCUGAUGCCGUUGAAGAUUGACAAGACCAGUCGAUAUGGCAAGACGGGGCUCUUUUCCAAGAAGUAUGCGUCGGGCAAGGGGGAGAUUCGAGCGCACAGAGACCUCUCGGUUGGGAUGAGGAAGCGGAAACGACACAACUAUGACCGAGACGUCGGCAGCGUCGCCCUUUAUCGCCACGCGCAAGACAGCGAAGCAUGGGACUCGGAAUUCGACACGGACAGCGAGGGGCGCUCGCGAAGCUCGACGCGGCCAAAGCAGCACGAGAAACAGGACAAGGCCAAGGGCGCUUUCGAGUCCUUUUUCUACGCCCUCAACAAGUAUCCCAACACGCCGGACCACGUGCAGCGGUGGAUGCAGCUGGGGGCCAACCUGUUUCUCGUGUCGGUGCUGGCCUACCUGGGGUGGUCGGUCGUGAGCACGGUGCGCAGCGACAUUUACAAGGCCAACGACCUCGCUCGGCAGGAGCUCAUGAGCAAGAUGACGGAGUGCCAGACACAGUACAAGAUGAACGAGUGCGCCAAAAAGGACCGUCCGGCCCUAAUGCCCAUGUGCGAGAAGUGGUACGAGUGCAUGAUGCAGAACCCCGAGUCGAUCAUGAGGGUCAAGGUGACGGCAAAGCAGGUGGCCGAGAUUAUCAAUGAGUUUUCCGAGACGAUGCAUCUCAAGGCCUGGGGCAUCCUCCUUGCCUUCAUCUUGGUGUGCACCACGGUCAACGUGGGUGCGCUCAGCCGGCACAGCGGACACAAGCCCGUAGUCCCGUCGGCACCGGCACAGGCAAGCGACGUGGGGCACGAGGCGGCGCGAUCUCCGGGCAUUACGCCGGGGUAUAUGCUGGUUCCGGUGCAGACACCGCGGAUGCAGCGGCGGGCAAUGCUAGACGAGGGAACCGACACGGACACGUCGCCGCUCAACCUGAAGCCAGCCAUGGCUCACUACACGCCGUCUGGGCGCAGGAGCCCAAGCAAAGGAGAGCGGCAGAUGAGCCCAGUCAAGUACAGCCGGGGCGCCAGCAAGGGCGGGUGA